AUCCGGGUCAUUGAGACUGAACAAAGAAUGGAUAGACCACAAUCGGAGGCGGUAUAGUGGAAUUCCGGCCGCGCCUUUAAUGCUCGGCCUGCCGUUCCUUCUCCGGAAGCUCGUUCGGAGAUACGUCGACGUUUAGCAAUUCAUCUCCAUCUCGAAGAAGAACCCUAACCCUAACUCGGCUCUACCCUACUCUUCUUUAAUCUCGCAGAUCGCCAAUGGACCUGCUCGCCAACUAUGCCUCUUCAGAAGAAGAAGAAGAAGAAGAAGAAGAAGAGAAGCAAGAAUCGCGUCAAAAGCAAAAGCACCGGCCUGCAAGCUUCAAUUCCUCAAAGAAUUCAUGCGAAAUCGCUAGCAGAUCGGCAGAAAGUGAUGGUGCCGACGACGAUUUGAAAUCUGUUGAUAAUCACUCGUCGGCGUUUUCUCUCCCUCUGCCCAAAUUCUCAACAUCUCUAAUCUCUUCUCUUCCACCUCCCAAGUCGUCUAGAUCGGAUCCAUUUAACCUUCCCACCCCCUUGGCUCCUUCUGAGCCGAACCUGAAAAGGGUUGUUCAAUUCAAGCCUCCAUCCAUUCCAUCCGGAGUGAAGGAUGACAGUGACGAUGAUGAUGAUGAGGAUGAAGAUGAGAAAGAAAAACGAAAGAAAUUGUCCGGAUCGGCUACGCAGAAUCUGUCUGUUAGGAGUUUCUUGUCGAGCUUGCCUGCGCCAAAGAGCUCCGGUGCAUUGGGCGCUACGCCCCUUGCUUUAGGCGCUGGCAGAAAGUCUGUUCUUGAAACAUAUAUGCCUACUUCUGAUACUGACGGUACGAGUUUGGGAGCUGAAGUGGGUGUUUAUCCAAAUGCUGGAUACUAUGAAGGCCAGUCUGUUCCGGGAUCAACUGUGAGCUCUUCUGGAGCUGUUGAUGGUGGAUUUCAAUCUGAAGCUGCGAGUGUUGCUGGAGAAGAAGGUGGAUAUUCACAAUGGGUUACACAGGGUGAGGAUUGUACUGCUACCUACCAUAGCUAUCCCGGAUAUGGCAAUGGUUACGGCGAACAUUCCAACUGGGUUGGAGGGGAUGUAGAACAAUACCCAAACUAUGCUUCUAGUUCAUAUGCACAAGGACUUCCAGAAUCAGCCGAGAGUGCAUUAAGGGUCACAGGUAAAAGAAGAAAGAAUGACGCUCCACCUGAAAUAGUUGAGGUUAACCAGGAUGAGUUGAUGAAGGAUCGGCCAAGGGAAGAUCAGUCCAGACUCACUGGCAUUGCUUUUGGACCCGCCUACAAGCCUGCUUCGACGAAGGGGAAGCCUUCAAAACUACUCAAGAGAAAGCAUCAAAUUGGUUCCUUGUAUUUUGAUAUGAGACAAAAGGAGGCAGAACUUGCAGAGCGGCGUUCUAGGGGGAUGCUCACCAAAGCUCAAACGCAGGGGAAGUAUGGAUGGUGAGACUGUUGAGAUUUUCUCAUCCUGUGAGUGACAUUGGAAACAUUUCCUCUCUUUUUUCUUUUGUGAAAAUAUAUUUUCACCUAUGUUGAAGUCUUCAUUUCUCGCUGAUGGCGAAAUUCAUCUAUUUUUUCUUGUUUAUACUAUCAUCUUUCAAUUUCUACUUGAUCUUUAUUGGAUUAUGGGAUGCUUGUAGUUUGCCAGUGUUUGUAUUGAGGGCUAGAGCUCUAAAUGUUUGUGUUUCUCUAUUAAACGGAUCGUCCUAACAGCUACAAAAUGAAGUGUCAAUUCGGCA